GUUGUAGAAAGGAAAUAUAUUCCCAUCUUCAACCGUUGCCUUAUUGUUUCUUCCUCUUUUAGAUUUUCUUUCUCUCCGUUUUCUUUCCUUACUUGUAUGGCAGCCAAUUUGAAGAGUGGUGGAGGGAUCGCCAGCUUGGGGAAGCGACUUCUUAACCGCACCUCCACUCGCACCCCUUCUCUUUUCAUCUCCACUUCUUCACCUACCAGGAGUCCUCACGCGUCGGCUUACGACAAGAACCUGGAUGAUCAGGUCCAUGCGACUGUGGUUCCUGAUGAUGUGAUUCAGCCUCAAUCGGACAAGUACUGGGCUCCUGACCCGCGGACAGGGGUAUUUGGUCCUGCUACGGAGCAACUUAACGCAUCUGCGGGUGGGGAGCAGAGCACCCAUUCCAGUGGUGCAAACUCGGUCCUGGAGGAAAAGGCGUGGUUCCGCCCCACAAGUAUUGAGGACUUGGAGAAGCCACACCAUCACUAAGUCACUGAUAAUGAGCCCACUACUAUAUAGUCUAUAGGUAAAACAAAGACAAUUGGUGUGGUUUGCUUGGAUCAAAUAAACUGGAAAAACGUUUUAAUGGUUCAUGUUAUAUUUCUACCUGGUUGUUACAUGGGAAUUUGCAAAUCUAGUUACUGCGAACUCUGUAACACAGGAACUUAUUAUAUUUGUGAUGCUUGCGCGCUAUCUUACUAUAAAAAUGUUGGGGUUAUUUUGUGUA